ACCGAGGCGGGUUUAAAGGCGUCGACAACACGCGGUGUCCUCUCACUUCCUGGAUGAAGAUGGCGGAUGAGAAUGAGACAGCACCGAUGCCGGAGAGAGAAGAUGUAGAGGACCACGGACACUGCAGCGACUGUGAAAAUGAGGAGCACCACUUUGACGAUGGUGACAGGGGUCUGGCUGACGACACUGGCGCCAAGAAGAAGAAAAAGAAGCAGAAAAAGAAGAAGAAAUCUGGUGCCACAGAAGCAGCUCAGGACACCCUUGCCAAGGUGAAUUCAUUGCCAGCUGAUAAGCUACAGGAGAUCCAAAAGGCCAUUGAACUGUUCUCUGUAGGCCAAGGUCCUGCCAAAACCAUGGAGGAGGCAAGUCGGAGGAGUUACCAGUUCUGGGACACACAGCCUGUGCCCAAGCUAGGGGAGACGGUGACAUCACAUGGCUCCAUUGAACCUGACAAAGACCACAUCAGAGAGGAGCCCUACAGCCUCCCACAGGGCUUCAGCUGGGACACCCUUGACUUGGGGGACCCUGCUGUGCUCAAGGAGCUUUACACUCUUCUCAAUGAGAACUAUGUGGAAGAUGAUGACAACAUGUUCAGAUUUGACUACUCCCCUGAGUUCCUGCUCUGGGCCCUGCGGCCUCCUGGUUGGUUGCCCCAGUGGCAUUGUGGAGUGAGGGUUAACUCCAACCAGAAGCUGGUGGGCUUUAUCAGUGCCAUUCCUGCCACUAUCCGCAUCUAUGACAUAGAAAAGAAAAUGGUUGAGAUCAAUUUCCUCUGCGUCCACAAGAAGCUUCGCUCCAAACGAGUCGCUCCGGUUCUGAUCAGAGAGAUCACCAGACGGGUCAACCUGCAGGGCAUCUUUCAGGCUGUAUACACUGCUGGAGUGGUACUGCCCAAACCUGUGGGCACAUGCAGGUACUGGCAUCGUUCUUUGAACCCACGCAAACUAAUCGAGGUGAAGUUCUCCCACCUGAGCAGGAACAUGACUAUGCAGCGCACCAUGAAGUUGUACCGUCUGCCUGAGGCCCCGAAGACUUCAGGUCUGCGGCCGAUGACCAAGAAGGAUGUGCCAGUGGUGCACCGCCUCCUUCGUGAGUACCUUAGCCAGUUCAACCUGGUGCCUGUCAUGAACCAGGAAGAGGUUUCACACUGGCUGCUGCCCCGGGAGAACAUUAUCGACACUUACCUGGUGGAGAACGAUGGCAAAGUGACAGAUUUCCUGAGUUUCUAUACACUGCCCUCCACCAUCAUGAACCACCCUGUGCACCGCAGUCUAAAAGCAGCCUACUCCUUCUACAACGUGCACACCACCACCCCCCUGCUCGACCUGAUGUCUGAUGCCCUCAUCCUGGCCAAAUCAAAAGGGUUUGACGUCUUCAAUGCACUGGAUCUAAUGGAAAACAAGACUUUCUUGGAGAAGCUUAAGUUUGGCAUCGGUGACGGGAAUCUACAGUAUUAUCUGUACAAUUGGAAGUGUCCCAGCAUGGGGUCAGAAAAGGUUGGGUUGGUGCUGCAGUGACAUCCCUUUACGCCAUAAACAAGUGUCACCAACAGGCCAGGAGACCGCACCAUCGCACUGACCACCUGACUGACAGACUGAUGACUUCCUGCUUCAGGAAAGGAAAAACCCACCGCCCAUUUUUACUUUUUGACCUUUUGAACUUUGACCUGCACUACCGCUGCCAGGCGGGGAGGCGGAGGAGAGUCUCCAGCUCUUCCUCCUCCCUCAAUCACAUGGACCUUAAGCCAUUGUAGUUACCAUCGCAAACAACUGUAUUACAUCUGAAAGCUGUCUUGAUUGUACCAAACACAUACACACAAGAACAGUUUGCACAGAUUACUUUAUACCAAACACUUACUGUUGGCAUACCUACAAACCGUACAAUACCUGUAAAUAAUAUCAAACUUAACUGCGGAUUAUGCCCUAACACAUACAGACUAGACCCUUCGGUUUUAUUUUAUUCCUAAAUGUUGGAAGUGCUUUUUGCAAUUAAAAUAAAUCUGUCAUCCUUAAGUUUUAGAGAUAAAAAAAAAAAUGAUCAAAAAAUAUUUUAAAGAGGAAAAAGGCUCAAAAAGAUGAGGUAAUAAAUACCAAAAGUGUACACCAGAUAAGGGCUUCUGUUAAGCUUUCUCUUGUCAUGCUUGACCCUGUGUCUUUUUUAAAAAUUUCUCAUCCAUCCCUCUGUUCUACCAGUCACUAUGAAGAUGUUACAGCGCUGCUUGAAGAAGAUGUGUAUGCCAGAGUUGGCGUCUGGGGGUCUUCUCAUCUGUAUUAACUUUCAUGAAUCCUCCUCCCCAGCUUACUGCACUAACAGAAGAAGCAGAGAAAGAAACAUAGACUGAUAAUAACCAGCUCAGUUGGAGGGGAAAAAAAUUCAGUCAUUUUGAAUGAGGCUGGACUGGUACAGAGAGGUUGAAGGCAUUCUGACGGGGCUUUACUCGACACAUUUAUCAGCAGGGAUCAGAUUUGUAAUGACACCUCUUGAUUUAACCAUGUCCCAGUUCCAACGUCCACCCUCACUAACUCAGAUUUAAUGAAUAUUCCCAAAAGUCUGCAAGGGCUUAGGUCAAAAUCAGAGCUCAUUAAGCAGGCUUUGCUUUGGGGAAUCUCACAGGAAGUCUUAAAAAUAUAAAUAAAAAUAAUACAAUAACAUACAACAAAUACAGCCACAACUUUACAUGCACAUGGCAAACACUGUCAGGCUCUUUGUUUUUGUGUCAUUUAAUGAAAUAACAUCUCUAAUAUGAUGCUAUUUAUUAGGUUAUAUUUAGAAAGUGACAUCAAACAUGCAGUUUUAUUAGCAAACAUGAAAAAUGAGCCUAGCAGCUAAAAUUUCACCUCAUACAGCACAUGGAGCCCUGUGCAGUAAACGCCAGUUAAAGUCUGAGGUUUCAGGGUGCAUGUUGGAGCUGCAGUGAUGAUGAUUAUGACGAUGACUGGGGAAAUAACCCCUACUUAAAGUGUUUCUUAUGUAAGUUGUUGGUUCUACUUGCAAACAGAUGUAAAAAUAAAUAAAUAAAUAAUGGGUCUCAUGGUGUUGCAGGAAACGAAUGUGAAGAUGCAGGUGAUUUUUUUUUCGAACAAAAAAAAUAAAAUCUAGAAGUUGCUGUGA